AUGAGCAACGGCAUCAACGGCACACAGCAAUCCGAGAAUCGGGAGCGGCAGGAGGAGCCGAAUGCGUGGGAUGCAGAGGUGCGCCGGAUAAUCCGGCAAAAGCUGACACUCGUGGUCGAGGACCUCGUACAACAGCAGAAGGAACGUGAGCGGCGAAAGCGCGAGGCCGAGGACGCCGAGAUGGAGCAGAGCGACGACGGCAGCGGCAAGAAGGCGGCCUGA